AUGGCUACCCCCUUGCCUACCGAGGACCGCCCCGAUGAGGCUCCCGUGACCACACCAACACAAGAAUCGCAGCCGCCAAACACCAAUGCUGCACCGGCACCAGAACCAGUACUAUCACAAUCGCAGAAAGCAGUUGCAAAUGACGACGAUGAAGACUCAGACUUCGAUGAGCUAGAUGACGUCCUCGACGACUUUAACAAACCCAAACCCGCUCCUCCCGCAAACCCACCCGCACCCACCGCCACCAAGCCCGAUCCCUCAACAGGAGUUGCGCCCCCAGACUUCGACGAAGAUGCCUUCCUCAAGCAACUCGAACAAGACAUGGCGAACAUGAUGGGAGGCGGGGCCGCCGGAAGCAGCUCAGACCCCAACUUCCAAGCAACGGUCGACCAAGGCGCCGAUGUAUUCGCAAAACAGCUCGAAGAGAGCGGGAUCCCGCCAGGCGAUUUCCUCAAACAACUCCUCGCCGACGUGAUGGCCGAGGAGGGUGGGUCCGCAGCCGGAGCGUCAGCAGAGAAUCUCGCAGCAGCCGCGGCCGCGGCCGGCAUAUCUGCUCCUAGCACUCAAGGCUCGUCUAGUACGCCAGCUGCAAGUGCAGGCGCAGAGCAACCCGCAGACUCGUUCAACGACGCCAUCAAGCGCACAAUGGGCCGCAUGAAAGAAAGCGGUGAUAAAGCUACCGCCGCGGCAAGUAAUGAAGACGAUAUCUCGGAUGAUAUGCUGGCCCAGCUGCUUAAGGCUGUUGAGGCGGGGGCAUCGGGUGCUGGUGAAGACGGAGAUCUGUCGAAGAUGUUCAUGGGUAUGAUGGAGCAGUUGUCUAACAAGGAGAUGCUGUAUGAGCCGAUGAAGGAGUUGGAUGUCAAGUUUGGCCCAUGGAUUGAGAAAAAUAAGGACACUGGCAAGGUUUCGGCGGAAGAUAUGGAGCGGUUUGAGACUCAGGCGCGGGUUGUCAAGCAGAUUGUGGAGAAGUUCGAGGAGAAGACUUUCUCGGAUGAUGAUCCCAAGUGCCGAGAGUAUGUGUGGGAGAGGAUGCAGGAGAUGCAAGCGGCUGGAAGCCCGCCUGAGGAACUCGUUUCGAAUCCCCUAAUGGAGGAUCUGGGGGGUGCGGCGGCUGGAGCUGGCGGAGUCCCUGAUUGCCCACAGCAGUGA